AUGCGUGCUUUAAUAGUUACUAGUCUUGCAUCAAAUUGGGGUUAUAAUAUUAUUUUCGCUACUGGUCUUCGUUGGAAACGACAACGGUUUGUUAUUAAUCCGACAUUUUCAUCAGCUAAACUUAAACAAAUGACACCACUCAUUCAUCGAAGUGUUUUUACGUUUAUGAAAAAAAUGUCUGAAGAAUCUAAUAAAGGUCAACCAUUUGAUAUCUAUGCAUAUUAUAACCGAUUUACUAUGGAUACUAUAUGGUCAUGUGCUUUUGGUAUUGAUACAGAUGUGCAAAAUAAUAUUAAUAUCCAUAUUUAG